GGUGGUGUGUGUGCCCCCUUCUCGACUCCUCCCACUCUCCCCCAACGCGUGCGGCGUGCCGAGCGAGCGUCUCGUCGCAGCGACUGUUCGGGUCUGCCGCGAAUGGCGACGCGACACGUCAGUGCUGCCGGGCCUGACGUCCCGAGCCUCCAGCCCCAGGCACUUGCAAUCGAGCUGCCGAGCGCGAGCGGUUUUGAGUGAGCGAGUCGAGUGGGUGAGGAGGAGGAGGAGGUUUGGCGAGUGGGGGGGUGAGACAGCCGGGGCCCUUACCGGCUCGCAACAAUUUGUAUUGCAUUCACAGGAAGAAGCACCAUCCAAUAGGGUGAGGAAAAAAAAGGUGGACAUUUUGCACGACGCAGAGGGAAACACGUCUGGAUGGUGUGCACAUCAGCAGGGCAACCUCACUAGUGCCUCGGCCAUGCUGCUCCGGUUGCUCCUGCCGCUCUGUCUCGUGGCACUGGUCAUAGGGGAUGACGACUACUACCAGAGGCUGGACGUUGCACGUGAUGCCAGCAGCAGGGACAUCCGCAAGGCCUUUAAGAAGCUGGCACUUACCUUGCAUCCUGACAAAAACCAGGAUGAUCCUGAUGCUCAUGAAAAAUUCCUGAAGAUCAACCGGGCAUAUGAGGUAUUGAAGGACGAAGAGCUGAGGAAGAAAUACGACAAAUAUGGCGAGAAGGGGCUGGAUGAUCAACAGCAGGGUGGCCGCUAUGAGAGCUGGAACUUUUAUCGCUAUGACUUUGGAAUUUAUGAUGACGAUGCAGAAGUUCUGACACUUGACAGAGGAGAAUUUGAUGCUGCGGUGUCUUCAGGGGAAUUAUUUUUUGUAAACUUCUACUCACCACGCUGCUCUCAUUGCCAUGAGCUGGCUCCUAUGUGGCGAGAAUUUGCCAAGGAGAUGGAUGGCGUGAUCCGAGUGGCGGCGGUGAAUUGUGGCGAUAACCGCAUGAUGUGCCGCUCCAAGGGAAUCGGCAGCUAUCCCAGCCUGUACGUCUAUCGGGCUGGAAUGCAACCAGUCAAGUACUCGGGAGAUAGGUCUAAAGAUGAUCUGGUCAGAUUCGUCAUGAAGUACGUAACCAGUAAAGUAACGGAGCUCUGGGCUGGUAAUUUUGUUAACGCUUUCGAACAGGCUGGAUCUACAGAGACAGGCUGGCUCCUUUCCUACUGCUCGGACAUCGGAGAUUGCUUAUCUCAGCACACCAGGCGUAAGCUCGCUGGAAUGUUGGAUGGAAUGGCAAAUGUGGGCUGGGUGGACUGCAGCACCCAAAAACACAUUUGCUCGCAGAUGAACAUAGAGGAGAGCAAGACAGUCUUCUACCCACCAGGCGAAAGCCCUAUCAAGUCCGGUGAAAAUGAUGCUGACCAUUCUCUGGUUCUGAAGAGUCUUGAUGCCAAGGAGAUUUAUAUAUCUGUGAUGCAAGCCCUCCCUGCUCUGGAGAAGCUUACCGGCGCCGACAUGAAGAUCCUGCAAAGCCCUUGGCUCAUUUUCAUCGUCUUUGGAGACAAGGGAGAGGCAGGAGAUUACGAGUUCAAAAAACUAAAUACACUGCUCAAAUCGAAAAAUAUAAAGGUUGGAACACUUGAUUGCAAUCCAUUCCCUUACAUUUGUGACCAACUGUACAUCAACAGCCGGGCAGUUGUUGUAUUUAAAGGAAAAGGUCUCCAUGAAUAUGAAAUACACCAUGGUAAAACUACACUGUAUGAGCUCGUAUCCUUUGCGAAGGAGAGUGUCAACUCGUUGGUACACACACUCAGCCCAGAGACUUUCCCGGAGAAAGACAAGGAACCCUGGCUGAUCGACUUUUUUGCUCCCUGGUGCCCUCCAUGCAGAGCCCUCCUGCCAGAGUUGAGGAAGGCCUCCCGGCUGUUGACAGGACAGCUCAAGUUUGGAACUAUCGACUGCACCAUUCACAGCAAGAUCUGUAACCUGCACGGGAUCCAUGCGUACCCGACAACACUGAUAUUUAACCAGAGCAACAUCCAUGAAUACAAUGGACAGCACAGUGCUGAACAGUUGAUGGAAUACGUACAGGAUCUGAUGAGCCCGUCAGUGGUCACACUGACCCCAGAGACGUACGUUUCCCUGGUGAAGCAGAGAAAGAGAGAUGAAGUUUGGAUGGUCGAUUUCUACGCUCCCUGGUGUGGGCCCUGUCAGGCCCUCCUGCCAGAGUGGAAGCGUAUGGCUCGGAUGCUGUCAGGUAUGGUGCAAGUGGGAAGCGUGGACUGCCAGAAGCACCAUGCCCUGUGUCAAAGUGAAAUGGUUCAUGCCUAUCCUGAAAUCCGACUCUUCCCCAUGAAUCCAGCUAGCUCUGACAAAUAUUUCAAGUACAAUGGCUGGCACAGAGAUGCCAACUCUUUGAAGGGAUGGGCUUUUGGAUACCUGCCUCAAACAGCAGAAGAUCUCACCCCCCAGAAAUUCAACUCGGAGGUGCUAGAAGGGAUGGAGCAUUGGCUGGUCGAUUUUUAUACUCCAUGGUGUGGCCACUGCCAAAUAUUUGCUCCUGAGUUUGAAAUCGCAGCAAGGCUGCUAAAAGGUAAAUUAAGAACUGGAAAGGUGAACUGUCAAAAUGACCCACAUGUUUGCCAGAGCGCUGGUAUUCAUGGCUAUCCCACAGUCAUGUUCUACCAGUACCAGGGACGAAGCAAGAGGAGUACAGGAGGGGAGGAGAUUAACAGUAGAAAUGGAAAAGACAUAGCAGAGAACCUUCUAAGGCGGGUGGGAGAUAUACCCCUACAUGAAAACACCAAAAAGGAUGAACUGUGACCUAAUGGUGUGUCCACCGUCAUGUGCAAUCUUGAAAGUUGUUUGAGAUAAUUAUUGGGUUCAGAUGUCGUUUUCUAACAUGAAAAUUAUUCACCGUAGCACAUUUGUAAAUACGAGAGCAUUUCGGAACCAACAGUGGAAACAUCAUAUGCGUUGAUUCACCUAUUUUGGCAGUGGUAAAAACAUGUGAAUACCAAUUGUAUAUUGCUGGUUGUCAUUUUUGUUAUGGGAAGUAUUAAACACCUUCUAUAAACGAAACAAACGCAUAUGCAAAGAGCACUGCCUCUUGAUAAUAUUUUUCUCAUCUGCCUUUGCACAAACAUUUUUGAAAGUGAUGUAAAAAAUUUAUAACACUCCAAGGACCUUAAGAUUAAGAUAACAUUUUACAAUUUGGAUAAUUAUAGGUAUGUAUUAAACAGUAUGUGAUAUUGAACAUACUGCAUGUUUAUUGUGUGUAAGGUUAAUGCCAGCCAGACUGCAAACAGGAUUCAGAAGAAAUUUCUAAUCCUCCAAACAAACCAUCAACUAGUAUCUAAUUUACCAUCAGCCAUUCAAUCCACUGCUGGAUGAAGGCCUCCCUUAGUCGCCGCCAUCCUCCAUGGUCCCGCGAUGCAACAGCUCACCCAGCACCUGCACACAAGCCAUCGCUCAAUUUCUGUAGUAGAUGUCCUCUUGGACAGAUUUUCCUUCAUGGGCUGCCACCUCGAAAGUAAUUCUCACCCACUGGGCAUCAUCCCUUCUAGCAACGUGUCCUGCCCAAGCCCACUGUUUUUGUCGGUCAACAUGUCUUCAAACUGCUUUUAUUCUCUAUUCCACAUGUCCCUCUUUUCUGCGUCUCUUGCCAUGCUUCUUUAUGGACGUUUAAACCCUUGUUCCAUCCUGUCCAUCGGUGCCCAUGAUUCUUCUGAUCCAUAUGUCAUAGCAGGUAAAUAUUCACUGGUUGAAAACUUUCCUCAUGCACAUUGCUAUGUUGCUUUUUUAUGAUCAAAUUGUGCUUUCCAACAGGGCUUCAAUCCACUUCCAUCCGCCUUUUUUUGUUAUUUCAUCCUGAUCUCAAGUCCCCCUUCGAUUACUGUCCAAGGUAUACAUAUUCUGCAAGAUUUUCCAGUUAUUUCCCUCCAACAGAGAUCUCUCGUUUGUUUUUAGCAAACUAGUUGAGUGAACUCAAUCAUCUUAGCUUUGCUGUUGACAGGCAUUACCACUUCCAUUGAGAGUGAACUGCGGGAAAUGGUAAAAUAACUUAAUAAAGAUGGCAGCAAAGUUGGACUUGAGAUCAAUAUGAGUGAAACAAAAUUAUCACCCAAUUAUAUAUAUUUUUUAUCUUUUUUCAUGAGCAACAAACCAUUAAUUAAAACGAAGCUUAAAAUGUGCUUUGAGCUAAAUACGAUUGCAAAUCCCCAUUUUUAAAGGAAAAUAUAAUUAUUGUUAUAGAUCACAUGCUUUACAAUAGCAUAUUGGUAAAUGUGCACAUAACUGUUACUGUUUAAGUGAAAUAAUUCGUUCUUCAAUGCCAUUUUAUCUCUAGGAGUAUUAACAUUUUCAGUAGAACACUAUUCUCAUGAAGGUUUUUCGACAGUAGUUUUAUUAUUGCUCCGUUAUCAAUAUAUUGCUUCCCAGUCUCCUGAAUUGGGCACACCUUACUCUAAUACUUUCGCAUUUUGACUUCAGAUAUUGAUAUUCAAUACUGAAUAUUCUAAUAUUUUUUGUUUAUUGAGCUUGCUUUUAUUUUGAAGGGAAAGAAAGACUCCACAUUUACACCUCAAUGGCAGAAUAUAUGUGCAGUGUGUUUUUUACUGUCACUGUAUUCUAUGCAUGGGAGUUAAUGCUUCACAAGCAAUAUUGGUGACUGAGUUUAACAUAUCCUUGCCUUGACAUGGCCAUUUUUAUCUCUGCAAUUACAACUUAAGAUGUGCAAAAAAAACCUAAGCUGAGAUUGUCUUCAUUAACUUUUUUUCCCGCAUUUUUUUUGUAACUGGUGUUUGUUUUGGUGGACUUAUUCUUUGCUAGGCUUUGGUUUUGGAUACAUGUAUAUACAUUGCAUUUCAAUAAAUGGUGGGUUUUA